AUCAUCAAGUGAUUCCUAAUUAUUUCCACAAUGAAGCUUCUUCUACUGCUGCUAGCCUUCUGCAGCCUUUCUCUAUCAAGGAGUGAACAAAAGUAUGUACCUUACGAUUACUCGGCAACAAUAGAGUGUCUAGAGAACCCUUAUAAACCACAAUACAAUGGAGGGAUCAUCGUGAACCCUGACCUACAAAAUGGUUCACAAGGCUGGGCACAAUUCGCAAACGCCAAAGUCGAUUUCAGAGAAUUCGGAGGCAAUAAGUUCGUUGUUGCACGAGGGAGGAAUCAGUCUUAUGACAGCGUCUCACAGAAGAUUUCUUUGGAAAAGGGACUUCUCUACACUUUCUCUGCUUGGUUACAAGUAAGCAAAGGAAAGGCUCCUGUGAUAGCCGUUUUCAAGAAGAAUGGUGAAUAUAAGCAUGCCGGUUCGGUUAUUGCUGAAUCUAAGUGCUGGUCCAUGCUUAAAGGUGGUCUCACUAUUGAUGAAUCUGGUCCUGCCGAACUUUACUUUGAGAGCGAGGACACAACCGUUGAGAUAUGGGUUGAUAGCAUCUCGUUGCAACCAUUCACACAAGAAGAGUGGAACGCUCACCACGAGCAGACCAUUCACAGAACGAGGAAGAGAGGCAUGAGGAUCAGAGCCGUAAACAGCUUAGGUGAGCCAAUACCAAACGCAACAAUCUCCAUCGUGCAGAAUAGACUUGGGUUCUCAUUCGGGUGCGAGGUAGAAAAGUACAUACUUGUAAACCAAGCAUACCAAAACUGGUUCACUAAGAGAUUCACCGUGACAACCUUCGCGAACGAGAUGAAAUGGUACAGCACGGAAGCAGUAAGAGGCAAAGAGGAUUACACGACAGCAGACGCCAUGUUAAGAUUCUUCAAACAGCAUGGGAUCGCUGUACGUGGCCACAAUAUCGUAUGGAACGACCCCAAGUACCAACUUAGUUGGGUGAGUUCUUUGUCUGGUAACGAUCUCUACAACGCCGUGAAAAGAAGGGUUUCCUCGGUGGUCUCAAGGUACAAAGGGCAGCUUCUGAGCUGGGACGUUGUGAAUGAGAAUCUCCAUUUCUCGUUUUUUGAGAGCAAGAUGGGUCCUCAAGCCUCUUAUAACAUCUUUGCGUUGGCGCAUUCCAUCGACCCAAGGACAACAAUGUUUAUGAAUGAAUUCGACACGUUGGAGCAACCGGGAGAUUCGGCUUCUAGUCCAGCAAGGUAUUUAGGGAAGCUUAGAGAGCUUCAAUCUAUUCGUGUCGCCGGAAACAUUCAGUUAGGGAUCGGUCUUGAGUCUCAUUUCAACAUUCCUAACAUUCCGUAUAUGAGAUCAGCUCUUGACACUCUUGCUGCCACUGGUUUGCCUAUUUGGCUCACUGAGGUCGACGUCCAAGCUCCUCCAAAUGUCCAGGCCAAAUAUUUCGAGCAGGUCCUAAGGGAAGGCCAUGCACAUCCGCAAGUGAAAGGAAUGGUGACUUGGAGUGGUUAUUCUCCCUCAGGUUGCUACAAAAUGUGCCUCACCGAUGGAAACUUCAGGAACCUACCCACCGGAGACGUUGUGGACAAACUUCUGCGUGAAUGGGGAGGGCUUCGUGGGCAAACCACAGGUUUAACUGAUGCUGAUGGGUUCUUUGAAGCUUCACUCUUACAUGGUGACUAUGAUAUCAGUAUUGCUCAUCCUCUCACUAAUUCAACUGCUUCUCACCGCUUUAAGUUGACUUCUGAUGACUCUCAACCAUCUCGUUUUGUUGUUCAUGUUUGAUACGCUAAGUUUACAACUACCUUGAACUAUUUGAGUAGUUUAAAUCUUAGUGAAAAUAGUGCAGCAAGUGUGAGGAAACUCCAAAGGGCUAUUAUUACUCAUGAACACUAUUGUUAAUUUGAAAUCUUGAUUUUUUAGCUUACAAUGUAUAACGUUUUAUUAUUUUUAAUAAUUAGUAAUCAAGUUUAGUGUUAUUAAUUAAUGUUCUUAUUAACUAUGGCCUAUUGAAAAUGU